AUGCAACUCACACUCCUCCUCGCCCCUCUCCUCGCAGCCUCCGCUCUCGCAGCUCCCACCUCCACCACCCUCUCUCCCCGCCAAACCCGUACCCUCCGCGUCCAACUCUCCAACGACGCCACCGACACCGCAGUCCAGGCCAAUAUCCCCGCAAACGGCAUGCGCAUUUCCAUCCGCGCCAAUUUCGGUAAUCUGGGGUCACCCAUUCGCGCGAACCGCGCGCUGAUUGUGGGGAGCGGGAGUGGGAGUUGUGGGAUCUUUAGUGAUGCGCAGGGUACGAGAAAGGUCGCUACUAUUGUGCCCGGUGGCGCUGAUGCGGAGUUCGGUAACACGAACCUUGAUAAUGGAGUCAUCGUUUGUCAGUAG